AUGGAGAAGAUCAAGGAGACUAUGAAGAAAGGGUUUGAACGGGCAACGAACAUUGAUGCUGAGCUCUUGUGUGCCGCGGGCGCUGAUUUCGGCAUCGUUCCUCCACCCGCAGCCGUCUCCGACAAGCGAACAGAUGCGCUCCCGACCACAUGGCCCACGCGCGAGCACCAUCCGAGCAUGACGGGCGGUGUUUCAUCUCACCGUUCCGACACGAACAAGCCAGCGUCGCACAGCGGCGCGGAAGCCAGGGGUCCAGCACUGGAUCAGGCGCCAAGCAAUGAGUGGCAUUCCUGGAAGACUUCCUUGACACAAACUCAGAUCGCCCGGCACGACGACCGGAGCAGGCAACCGGGAUGGAUACACCCAUUUGGCAACUGA